AUGAGUUUUCGCAAAAGUGUGAAGACAUCGUCAUUUAGCGCUUUGCCAUUUGGUCUCGACUAUAGUGAUGUUGGUGGUAUCGAGAAUACAGAAGGUCCUACGACACUAUUGCCAGUUAACAACCCGAUCAAUGCUAAGGAGAGGGUGAUUGCCUUAAAAUAUAUAAAUUUCAUUAAUUCAGUAAAAGAUGGCCCCUUUUACACAGGCUCCAUGUUAUUAUCUGUUGAGGAAUCCGAAGAUGGGAACAAAACGUCCAAGAAACUGAUUGAUAAAGGUCUUGACGAUGGCGUAGAACGUUAUUCUGAUAAAUAUCUAAAGAAGAGAAAAAUUGGAACGUCGGUGGAUGAGCAUCCAUUCAAUAUAGAAUUUUUCCCCAAAGAAUUGUACCAAGUGAUGGGUAUUAACAAGAAGAAGCUACUGAUGUUAUCCAAGUUGAAGACAGUUGAUGAUAUCUUCACCGGAAAAGCACAAGAUGAUGAUAGUGGAAUACCUAUAUUAGAAAAGCUGAAAGAAUUAGUUGAAAACGAAGAUGAUGCUGACGAGGAGAAGGAGAAUAAUGGUGACAACUUGGAAGAUGAUAUGGACGAUGACUUUGACGAUGAUGAUGACGAUGACUACAAUGCAGAAAAGUAUUUCGAUGAUGGAGAAGAUGAAUACGAUGGAGAAGAUGAUUAUGCUGAUGAGCCAGCAUUUUGA